CGCGUGACUGUCCGCUGCACACAUUCUCAGAGAGUGAGUGGAUAGGUGCUCGAGCCUCCUGAGGGCGGCGAAAGUGAUGAGUUCCAUGAGACGCGAAGUGAUGCAGUGUGGGGACGAUCCGGUCGUCGAGUUGCUUGUCUGAGGGUGAGAGAGACCGAAGAGAAAAAGGCAGGCCUUCACUUCGAUCGCUAUUGCCCAUCACUUUCCUCCUCAUCUCCCUUUUCAAUCCCCCUCUCGUCGCCAUAAUGAUGCCGUGGCGCCCUAUCCUCCUUGCCCUCGUCGCCGCCGUCACCGUCACUUCAGCGGCACCCAUCCCACAACCCGCCGACAACUCCACGGAUCGAUCGUGCAAUGGCCACCCCUCUCUCUGCUCGAAGCGAUACAGCGAUGUCGUCUACAUCGGGGCUCACAACUCCUACUCCUGGGGACAGGGCAUCUCCUCGGACCAGACAGCCACCGUCUCCGAGCAGCUACGCGCUGGAGUGCGUCUCCUACAGAAUCAAGCGCACGACUUUCCCCACCCGUACGGACCAGACUACACCAACCCCUCCAACAUUCACCUCUGCCACACGUCCUGCUAUCUCCUCGACGGCGGGGGUCUCGAGGCAUACCUUUCACCCGUCCGUGUUUGGCUGGCGGACAACCCCAAUGAGGUCCUAACCAUCCUCCUCACCAAUCCAGACGGACUCAACAUCACGCGCUUUGACCAAGCACUGCGCUUCAACCAUCUGCACGAACUGGCAUACGUCCCGCCCAAGGCAAAGAUGACACACGACGACUGGCCCACGCUGGAGGAGAUGAUCGACUCUGGCCGCCGACUCGUUGUCUUCAUCGACUCCGGAGCAGAUCAGAAGCGUGUACCCUACAUCCUCGACGAGUUCAGCCAGGUCUACGAGAACCCAUACGACCAGCUUGGCCUGCCUCUCAACUGCUCGCAUGACCGCGGUAGCGACCCUGCAAACUCGUUGUUCUUGCUCAACAAUACGAAGGACAAGAGCGUUGGACCCAUCUCGGUGCCCGACAAGGCUUCAGUCGAUACGGUCAACUCGGCGAACGGGCCCAAUGGAAUUGUACAGACCGUCCAGCGCUGUGCGAAGGAGGAGGGAGGAAAGAAGGCUACAUUUGUGCUCGUCGAGUGAGUCUGCGCCGCGUAGUAGAGGGAAAGACCGUACAGCUGACCUCACGCUUUUGCCCGCAGCUUCUUCGACACGCCCAAGGUCAACGGCACCAUCCAGGCCGCACGCAUUCUCAACGGCCUGGCCCCC